GACAUUCUUCCUAUAUGGAUCAGCCUUCUAGUGAUGGUGAAACUGGAAGAAGACCACUCUAAGCAAACCCAGGAUGAAUCGGGUGCCAGGUGAUGCAGAAAAUGCGCACAGUAGCAGUGUGGAAUCCUGUCCUUCCCUGCGGGAUGUCCACUCCAUCAACCCCGCGCAACUGAUGGCAAGGAUUGAGUCAUAUGAAGGCAGAGAGAAGAAAGGCAUAUCAGAUGUCAGAAGGACUUUCUGUUUGUUUGUUACAUUUGACCUCUUAUUCAUUACCUUGCUGUGGAUAAUAGAAUUAAAUGUAAAAGGAGGCAUUGAGACUACCUUAGAGAAAGAAGUCCUACAAUAUGACUACUCUUCUUCAUAUUUUGAUAUAUUUCUACUGGCAGUCUUUCGAUUUAAGGUGUUAAUACUUGCAUAUGCAAUGUGCAGACUGCGCCAUUGGUGGGCAAUAGCUUUUACAACAGCAGUGACCAGUGCCUUUUUAUUAGCAAAAGUAAUUAUUUCACAGCUGUUCUCACAGGGUGCUUUUGGCUACGUGCUGCCCAUCAUAUCCUUCAUACUUGCCUGGAUUGAAACUUGGUUCUUGGACUUCAAAGUGUUACCGCAAGAAGCUGAAGAAGAAAACAGAUUUUUGAUGGCACAGGAUGCUUCUGAACGAGCAGCUCUUCUUCACCCGGGAGUCCUCUCUGAUGGGCAGUUCUAUUCUCCUCCUGAAUCUGUAGCAGGAUCUGAUGAAGACUCUGAAGAAAAGCAAGACAGUGAAAAACCAGUUGUAUAGCAAAUAUGAAAAACCAGAAAGAAAACCUCUGAGGGAAGGUGUUGGGGUUUGGAAACUGGCAACAGAGUCUGUGCCUGACUUGCUGGUGGAGCUGCUGAUGGGAGAAUUUUCUCAUUGGAAAGCAAAGGGAAUGGUUCCCAUGUACUGUAAUACCUCACAAAGAUGUACUUUGACGUAUGUAUAUUAGGUUGCCUCCCAGGUGGUAUGCAAAUAUUUGUCGAUGAUGUAUUAUUAUUCAGUGAUUCCUGAAGUUGAUCUUCUAAUGACUAGGUAAUUACUGGAAAGUGUUGUCUUGUGUACCUAAUCAAGAGACUGGUAAUAUAAUGAAGUAAAACUUCUCUAUGGUGGAAGUAUAUUUAAUGAUUGUUGGGACUCACUAGGUAAAAUUAUUUUAUGUUGUUGCAAAUUUGUCAUUAGUUUUAUGUUUACUUUUUUUAACUCCAUGUGUUUUCUUUUUUAAUGGAUAUGUUCACUUUCUAAAAUAAAAAUGUUAAAACAUGGA